AUAUACAAGCUGGAAUCUGCUUUGGGGUAUUGAUUUCCAUUGAUUGAUUAUGCAGUGUUACUCCCAUUCUUCUAAAAGAAGUCCAAGUUGUUCAUUCUCAUUCUAAGAAGAGUGAUGGGCUUCCCUGUCCGGCUUAUCCUCUUGUCUUCCAUUUGCCCGCUACUUUUUUUCUCUGCUCUGUUUUUCUGUGGCUUUAUCUCUUUAGGGUUGUACCUGUUGUUCUUCUUCUCCACUGUUUCUAUUUGUUGUUGCCUUUUGGCUUUCAAUAUUCGUCAUAAACAGAGACCAGUAACACUACUGAUCCACACUUCUUCAGUUACCACUAAUACAGAUAUAAUUCCUUCUUCUUCUUCUUCUUCGUCGUUUUCUUCUCCACCAUCCGGUAAACUCACGUACGAUGUGUUCCUCAGUUUCAGAGGUACAGAUACCCGCAAAAAUUUCACGGACCAUCUUUAUACUGCUCUCAAACAGAAAGGUAUAUUCACUUUUAGAGACGAUGAAGAACUCGAGAGGGGGGAAUCGAUUGGUCCAAAUCUCUUGAAAGCAAUCGAAGAAUCAAGAUAUGUAAUUGCUGUUUUCUCACGAAACUACGCCGAUUCUGCAUGGUGUUUGGAUGAGAUUGCCAAGAUCGCCGAUUGCAUGAAAGCCAUGGGACAAAAAGUCCUCCCAGUGUUCUACCAUGUUGAUCCAUCUGAGGUACGAAGACAAACAGGGGAUCACUUUGGAAAAGCAUUUGAGAAGCAUCAGAGGCGGUAUAAAGCGGAACCAGACAAAGUAAAGAGGUGGAAAGACGCUCUUUUUCAAGUAGGCAAUCUCUCUGGAUGGCAUCUGCAAGAUGGGUACGAAUCCAAAGUUAUUCAAGAAAUUGUUGAAAAGAUUUUCACCGAGUUAAAUCAAAUAAUCUCAAUAUCUGAGGGUUUAGUUGGCAUGGAUUCUCACCUGAAUGAAAUGCUUUCAUACUUAGACAUUGGGUGUCCGGAUGUUCGUAUCAUAGGGAUUUGUGGGAUGGGUGGUAUCGGUAAGACAACUAUUGCACAAGUGGUUUUUGAAAGGGUACAAGCUCAGUUUGAAGGUUGCAGCUUUCUUGAGAAUGUUAGAGAGGUAAUUGAAAAGCAAGGUGCAGUUCAUUUACAAGAGCAACUUCUUUCGAAUUUGCUGAGAUGUAGUGUAAAUGUACAGAACACUAAAAUGGGAAAAAAUAUAAUGAGGCAGAGACUACGUACUAAAAUGGUUCUUCUCAUUCUUGAUGAUGUGGACCAAGAAGAACAAUUGGAAGCAUUGUGUGAUAGGGAAUCGUUUGGUCCAGGGAGUAGAAUCAUCAUAACUUCUAGAGAUGAACAUUUGCUCAGUGCAGUUGAAGGAGAUAAAGUAUAUAAGGUGAAUCCAUUAACUGAUGCUGAAGCUCUUCAGCUUUUCAGUAUGAAAGCCUUCAAGAAAGACCAGCUGGUUGGAGAAGAAAUUCUGAAGCUAUCCAAAGAAUUUUUAAAAUAUGCUAAUGGCCUUCCACUAGCUAUUAAAGUUUUGGGUUCUUCUGUUAAGGGUAGAAGUGUAGACUUAUGGUUAAGUGCAUUGGAUAGACUUAAAGAAAAUCCUGAAAAAAAAAUUAUUAAUGUUCUCAAAGUUAGUUUUGAUGGAUUAGAACCAAGAGAAAAGAAGAUUUUUUUGGACAUUGCAUGUUUCUUUAAAGGGGAGAGCAUAGAUCGUGUAAGAAGAAUAUUACAAGGUAGUGAUGCCCACUGUCCGGACUUUGAUGUACAAGUUCUCCUGGACAAAUCUAUGGUAACUCUAUUUGGAAAAAGAUUGUGGAUGCAUGAUUUGAUACAACAGUUAGGUUGGGAAGUUGUCCGUCAAGAAUGUCCUGAAGAGCCUGGAAAACGUAGUCGAUUGUGGCUUCCAAAUGAGAUCAUUGAUGUUCUUGAUCAGAAUAAGGCAACCACUGCAGUUCAAAGCAUACUCCUCCAACGUCGAACAAAAGACGAUGUGGUUCACUCAGUUAAUGACUCAUUCUCAAAUAUGGACAGACUAAGAUUGCUCAAAAUCUGGAAUGUGAAGUUUGCUGGAAACAUCAAAUAUCUUUCUAAGAAGUUACAGUUUCUGGAAUGGGACGAAUGUCCUUUAGAUUCUUUCCCGUCAGUCUUUCAACCGGAUAACCUUGUUGAACUUCAGAUGCAUUCAAGCUGCCUCAAACAAUUAUGGAGAGGAAAAAAAGGAUGGAGAAUGCUACGGCUUAUCGAUAUGAGUAGUUCAGAAUACUUGAUGUCGACUCCAGACUUCACUGAGGUUCCAUUUCUUGAGAUAUUGGUGCUUCAAGAUUGUACGAGGUUGGUUGAGGUUCACCCUUCUCUUGGAGUCCUCAAGAAACUUGUCUCUUUAAAUAUGAGAAAUUGCAAGUCAGUUGAGAGCAUUCCACCUUUCAUUAGUUUGGAGUCCCUUAAAACUUUGAAUCUUUCACUCUGUUCAAAACUCAAGAAGUUUCCUGAAAUUGAAGGAAAUAUGAAAAGCUUGCUGGAGCUUCAUUUAGAUGGGACUAGUAUUGAGGAAUUGCCUCUAUCAGUUGAAGGUUUGACUGGUCUGACCACAUUAAAUUUAACAGAUUGUAACAACCUUUUGCGUCUCCCCAGUACCAUUCAGUCCUUGACAUCUUUGAAAAGUCUCAUUCUAACAGGUUGUUCAAAACUUGAUGAGAUAACUGAGAAUCUGAAUCAUGUGGAAUGGCUGGAGAAGCUUAAUAUAGGCGGAACUGCAAUAAGAGAUUUAUCGUUCCUUGUAGGUAUGAAGAAUUUGAAUGGUCUAUACUGCCGAGGAUGUAAAGGUCUAGCUUUAGGAUCGUGGAAUGGUCAUUCUGAAAGUUUGUUGUUUCCUGCACUAUUAUCCAGUUUGACUUCUUUGGUAGAGCUAGAUUUAAGGGAUUGCAAUCUGAUGGAUGGAGCCAUUCCCAAUGAUCUUAGCAGCUUAAUCUCUUUAAGAGAAUUAGGUUUAGGUGGUAAUAGUUUUGUUCGAUUACCUGAAAGUAUCUCUCAACUCUCAAAGCUCGAGAAAUUAGAGUUGAGCAAUUGUAAACAGCUUCAGUUGGUGCCCAAGCUUCCAUCAAGUGCUCGACUGGUGCUUGCAGAAGAUUGUACUUCACUGAUAGAUUUCCCAAAUCAAAUCAAAUUAUUGCCUUCAAUUGAGUCUGGGAUGACUACUAUCAAUUCACUCAGUUCUGCAAGUAGUUCAGCACUUAGAGACUCACAUGGUUUCAGUACGUGGAAAUCUUCAGCAAAUGCCAAACCUUCUGAGGUGCUUUUGACACAUGAGCAUACAGAGUGGAAACGAGUUGAUCAAGUGUCACUGCCACUUCCAAUGCUUAUGAAAGACAUUGAACUUUCUGAUCCAUCAUCAAAACCCAGUGAUAUCAUUUAUUUUGAUAAUGAAAUUCCAGAGUGGUUCAGCACUAUAUCUACCAGCAAUCCUAUAUCUAUCUCUAUACCUCCAGAUCUGACAGAUGAUGACAAGUGGAAGGGGGUUGCAAUGUGUGCUGUUUUUGCAGUCAAGGGACAUACUGUUCUCUCUGUUAUUGAAUCGGAUUUAGAACUUUCAAACUACUUCUAUCAGUGCACAAUGGAAACAGAUGUUUUUCGUAUGAAACCAUUCAUCUUUGACGGGGAAGAAAUCCGCCACCUUCGAUCAAGUUCUCAUCUGGUUUUGAUUUCCUAUGUAGCUAGAUGGCAGUUUCCAAAGUGGGAGUUAAAUCAAUCAACCAUGGUGGCGGCUAAAUUUGAAACCAACAAUCCAUUCAUGGAGGUCCAGAAGUGUGGGAUUCGUCUAGUUUAUGAGCAAGAUGCUGGAUGGUAUACCAAACUAUUCCCUGGGGUUAAUGCGAUUUGUCUAAAUGAAGUGAUGGAUGCUAUACUGAAAACUGGCUGGCUUAGUCAAGUGGAUCAAUAUUUGAAAUGGGAGAAAAUUAUUCCCCCCAUCGAAGAAGACUCCAGUACAGUUCUGCUAAGGAAGAACAUCGAGUCUGUUCUUCCUCGAUACCUUGAGGCAUUGAACCAUUAUCCUGCAACAUACAAAUUUAACCUCAGAGGAAGCCCAGCGUGGUUUGAGUCAUUUCUCACUGAUACAAGGUCAGGGUCGACUCUAGUGUCAAUUAAGCUGCCUCAAAAUCUACACAAGAGUAAGAAGUGGAUGGCAUUUGCAAUAUGCGCAUCAAUUGCAGAGGAACAGCAAGAGGACUAUCAUGUUUAUUUUAAACUCAAAACGGGUGAAUACAAUGAGGAUCUGUCCCGAGAACUUGAGUACAUUGUGGCAAUGUCGUCACAAGCAAAUCGUUAUCAACUUUUGGUUGUGUACAUACCGCGGGCAUUGAUUCCCGAAGUCUUGCUCACUCGGACAUCAACAACUGAAAUGCACAUUUCCUUCAGAGUCGAUACUCCUGGUGCAGAAGUUCAAAGAAGUUGCGGCCGUAUUGUUUACCAGGAAGAUUUAGAAGGGUUUGUUGAAACAAUCGUCCGGUGCAUGCAAAGAGAAGAUAGUCUUGAACGUUAUUAUAAAUGGGUGGUAGAAGAUUGGAUAGACUUGAUAGGAUUGCAAGGGGGUCAUUUAUGUACUCCAAACAAAUGCAAUUCCAUAACAGGACGGGAAAGGAAGUUUGAAUUGCUCUCUCAGAAAUAUAGAAAUCGGGACUGGGCUAUGUCUCCUCCUUAUAUUUGCGUCUUCUUUGGAGCUGAAAUUUCCAAGUGGAAUUGGUUCAUGCACUUCAAUGAGGGAAACACUGCAAAAAUCCAACUGCCUCCUAAUUUGUUCUAUGAUGCUAAUUGGAUGGGGAUUGCUGUAUGUGGUUUAUGUUGGGCGUCCCACGAAGAUUCAAACAUUAUACCAAACAGUAGUCCUGACACAGAGUAUAAUGUACUCAAUUUGUGUCUGGACUCUGAUGUCGGUUCGGACGGCUUAUUUGAUGUCAAAUUACAGAAACUUUUUGGGAAACUCAAGCCAUGGGAAUUUGAAACCGAUAUCACAUUUUUCUUCUAUAUACCUCGUGUUAAAUAUUUAAAGUUUUGGAGACAAUUCAACCUUGCCAGGGUUACUUUUUCAUCUUCUAGCCCAUGCUUAAGAGUCUAUAGCUGUGCCCUUCGUCUAGUAUUUAAGGAGGAUGUUGAAGAUCUCGUUCGGACACUGACACUCUCCGAAAUACCGUGAACGUGCCACGUACCAUCUGAUACUCAUAAUAGAGGAUCUGUUGCAACCUAAGUACCGAUAUUUCAUCAGGAGAAGGAUUUAAUUCCUUUUCUUUCGGACCUGUCAAUGAGCAAACAAGAGUGUUGUGUUAUUAAACAGGGGGUGCAUAUUCAAUAUCAUCACAGAUAUCAGCUACACAUGUAAAGCCAGAGUAGAAUGCAUAUCAUAGAUUUUGCUGGACGCUAUAGCAAAGUAGCAUAUGGAAGUAUCAAAAAGGUUUAUUCUUGACUAUCCCAGCUUUGGACCUGGUGAAGUGGUGAUCAUAUGGUGUGUUUUUGCAUUAGCAGAAUGAUGUGAUAACACAGGUUGAACAUUCUGCACAUUUGCGGUGUAUUCUAUAGUCGCGUGAACCCUAGUUGAGCUUGAGUCUUGUUGGAUAGGUAUUAGGUAAAAAUGGCCACCGAUUGUCCAGGAGUACGGACAAGUAACUCAGUAUUAAUUGUCACAUUGAGGAGCAGAAGCAGGUGAUGCAGUAGAACCUGUUGCAGACUGAGAAUGGAUAUGAAGAGAAGUGGAACCUGUCACAUUGUGUUUGUGUUAUCAUGAAUUUGUGGAGUAGUAGAUAUGGAUUGCGCAAGUAGUGGCAAGAGAAUUCAGAGGGACAUUAGAUGUAUGUAACUGAACUACAGAGGUAUCUAUGCAAAUACUCGACUGUUCCUUGAAACGGAAGACGGUCCUCUUUUUUUCACCUCCUAUUAAUGAAUUUCUUCGUUGAUAUAAAUCAUGAUUUGGUGGUAUCAUCUGCUUA